AUGGCGGAAGACCCGUAUAUGGCUGACCAAAAUACUCCGCUUCUCGUCGGCCCCAACUCGGAGUCCGAAGGGGAGCUCCUCUUUUCGCCUCUGGUGGCAGAAAUGACAAAAUUACUCAAAUCUUCCGUACGCCUGGUCCUUGUUUCCUACUUGCAGUAUUGUCUUCCCUUCACUGGGCUUCUUUUUGUGGGCCGCCUCGGAAUCGAAGAGCUAGGGGCUGUUAGUCUCGGCUCCAGUAUCACCUGCAUUACCGCUUAUGGGGUUUACCAGGGACUUUGUUCGGGAAUGGAUACACUGUGUCCGCUUUCCUAUGGCUCGGGCCGGCCGGACUUAGCCGUUCUGUACUUGAGACUGACGCUAAUCCUCCUAGCAAUAAUCACGGUCCCUGUUGCAGUUGGCUGGUGGCAUAGCCAAUAUAUCCUGCAAGCACUGGUCUCUCCCAAGAUCGCAGUUUUAACCUCCGAAUACUUACGCGUCUCAUUGCUCGGCCUACCCGGUCAUGCGGUUUUUGAAACAGGCAAGCGCUUCCUGCAAGCCCAAGGGGUCUUCAAUCCACCAAUAUAUCUCCUCUGUUGUACCGUACCUGUCAAUGCCGCUUUACAUUGGUUGGUAGUUUACCAACAGCAACGCGGCUUUAUCGGUGCACCCAUUUCAGCGGCUCUUUCCGACACAUUUCUCGGAGCGGGUCUUUUGACAUACGGAAUUUAUUUCUGGAUGGGACGGGCUGAGCUUCGGAGUCCGUCGGUCACCAAUGCAGGGGCACACUGGUGGAAGCUGCUACGCCUGGCCUUGCCGGGAUCUAUUACGGUACUAGCCGAAUACCUGACAUUCGAGCUAUUGACUCUUGGAGCGGGGAAGAUCGACGACACCAGCCUGGCGGCGCAAAGCUUGCUUAACGCGACAGUGGCAAUUGCCCUCCAGCUCUCAUUUGCAGUUGCGAACUCUGUGACUUUGCGUGUGGCAACCCUCAUGGGUCAGAAGCGGCUAGAGCGUACUAAGCUUCAUAUCAGGGUGGCCUUUGCCACUGCCAUUAUGGUGGGGCUUCUCAACAUGGCUCUGCUUAUGACCUUGCGGUUCUGGAUUUCCCGCCAAAUCUCAACAUCGGUCGAAGUACAGGCUCUGGUCGUCCAGACAAUGCCCAUCUGCGCAAUCAUGCAGGUAUUCUACGCCACAGCCGAGUGGUUGAAUGGUGUCAUGAAGGGCCUAGAAAUGCAGCAAACGGCGGGAGUUCUUUCCCUGAUUUGCCACUAUACUGUGCGUCUGCCGGCCGGUUGA